AUGUCCGCUGCAGAUCAAUAUCCCCACCACAAAGUGGUUGUCAUCGGAGCGGGUUUCUCUGGCCUGCUCUGCACCAGCUACCUGAAAGAGGCGGGGAUCGAGGACGUUUGCCUUUUUGAAAAGAACACGUCUGUAGGUGGGGUCUGGAGUUACGGCGGUGUGGGCGCUUAUCCCGGCGCAGCUUGCGAUGUACCAGCCUACACUUACCUGCCGUUCCUUGAUCGAACUGGUUUCAUUCCGUCCAAGAAAUAUGUCAGCCAGCAGGAGAUUGCCAGCUAUGCAGAACUGUUGACCGACCAUUGCGGCAUUCGCGACAAGGUGCAUUUUAAUCGUAAGGUCAUUGAGCUGCGCUGCAUCAACGACGGCGAGCGCGUCUGGCAGGUGACCACUGAAGAUGCAAUCACCGGUGCGCCCGCUGAGAUUGUUACCUGCCAGCACGUAGUUACCGCCAAUGGCCCGCUGUCCAGUCCGCGCCUGCCGGAAGUUGCUGGCAUGGCAGAUUUUUGUGGCGAGAGUUUUCAUACCGCUCAGUGGGAUGCCAGUGCUGACCUGAAAGGCAAACGUGUGGGUGUGAUUGGCACUGGCGCCUCUGCAGCCCAGGUGAUUACCGCCAUCUGUGAUGAUGUUGAACACCUCACCGUAUUUCAGCGCACCCCCACCUGGUGUCUGCCACGGGAUGAUGAGCCCACCCCCCCGGAAAUGAUCGAAAGAUUCAAAGCGGGUGGUUACAGUGAAGAGUUGCGCUAUGUUGAUUGGAAGGGAGAACUGCCGCCAGCAGAGGUCGCUUUCUCUUUUGAUGACCUGCACGAUGAACAGCGCAACGCUGCGAUUUGUGCGGGCAUCGCUGAACGGAUCAAACAGGAGGUGGAUGAUCCCGAACUCGCUGAAAAGCUGACCCCGGACUAUCCCUUUUUCUGUAAGCGUGCGUUGUUCAUCGAUGAUUACUACACCACCUACAACAAACCCAAUGUCACUCUGGUGGACGACCCCGGUGGUGUUGUGCGCGUUACCGAAAGCGGCGUGCAGAUCGCUCGCGGGGAAACCUAUGAUGUUGAUGUGAUCAUCUAUGCCACCGGGUUUGACAGCAACUUCAUUCCGUUUCCGAUUAUAGGUCGUGACGGCGUCACGCUGGCGGACAAGUUUGGUGCUAACGAGGCCAAUAAAUUUCAAAUGACGCGCCCGCAUUCUCUGUGGGGACUGCACGUUGACGACAUGCCCAACUUUUACAUGAUGAUCGGGCCACAAAGUCUGAACCCCGUGACCAAUGUCACGCUGCUUUGUGAAGAGCAGUCAAAGUAUAUCAGUCAGCUGGUUGCACGCAUGACUGCUGACGGAACCACUACGGUGGAGCCCAGCCAGGAUGCCGUAGAACGCUGGACGUCACUUUGCGAGGCAAGUUCAGACGGCAAGGUGUGGCUGCGAUGUAACAACUGGUACAUGAAGUCCACCAAGAGUGAUGCUGCUGCAGGGCGUGAGCGCUCCGCCGGCAUGUGGAUGGGGUCUUAUGCUGACUAUCUGAAACACGUGCUGGGCAAUGAAGGGGGUAAACCUGAAGAACUGCUGAACUUUGCAUGA